AUGAUAUCAUCGAUUUCAUGGGUCCCGAAAGGGGUCUCGAGAACAGUUCCCACAGCAGCUGAGCCCCCUUCAAAUGAAAAAAUAGAGGAGUUACUGAAGAGUGGUGUUCUGGAAACACGUGGAGAGAGUGAAAAUGAGGAAAACGAUGAAGAUAUGAAUGUUGAUGCAGUUAGUCAAGAGGAUGAACUUUCUCGUGCAUUAUCUGCAGCGAGCGCACUUGGAAAAGCUUCUAAGAGUUCAAAGAUGGAAUCUGAUAGCUUGGCAGAUGCAUUGAAGGAGCUGGACAUGGAUAAUUAUGACGAGGAUGAUGAUGGUGUUGAGUUGUUUGGCUCGGGUCUUGGCAACUUAUAUUAUCCAAGUAAUGACAUGGACCCUUAUUUGAAGGGUCAGGAUGAAGAAGACUCUGAAGAGGAAGAAGAUAUUACAAUAAAGCCGGAGGAUGCAGUCAUAGUUUGUGCUCGGAAUGAGGAUGAUGUCAGCCAUCUUGAGGUAUGGAUAUUGGAAGACCCUACAAAUGGCGAUUCCAACAUGUAUGUUCACCAUAUUGUCAUCCCAACAUUUCCACUCUGCACUGCAUGGCUUGGUCGUCCUCUUAAAGGUGGAGAGAAAGGGAACUUCAUUGCUAUUGGCUCCAUGGAACCAGCCAUUGAGAUAUGGGACGUUGAUAUUGUCAGUCUUGAAAAUGGCACUGUUACUGGUUUUGAUAUCCGUAAGGCUAGCUCUAAUGCAUCCUCUCAGCCUGAGCCGAGCUUCACAAUCCAUGCACAUGACAAAGCAGUCUGCACAAUUGCCUAUAAUAUUUCCGUCCCAAAUCUUCUUGCUACUGGUUCAGAGGAUAAAAUGGUGAAGCUAUGGGAUCUAUCAAACCAGCCGACAUGCAUUGCUUCUAAAAACCCUAAAGCUGGGGCUGUGUUUUCUGUUUCUUUCUCGGAAGAUUGCCCUUUAACGUUAGCUAUCGGAGGCUCCAAGGGAAAAUUACAGGUGUGGGAUUUAUUGACUGAUGCUGAGAUUGCCAGAAGGUAUGGCAAGUAUGCCAACAAGGCUAAAUCCUCGACGUAA